AUCCUAACCUUUAUUUUGACUGAUAUUUAUAUUCGCUUAAAAAUGAUGAAAAACUACGUUUCAAGAAUUUUCCAGCCGUUUACAAGCAUUCCUAAACACGCAAAUACAUCCAAACAAGAAAUUACAUCUAAAAGUCAAAGGUUAAUGUUGGAGUUGGGAAUAAUACAGCAGGCAAAUCCUGGUUGUUAUCACUUACUACCGCUUGGUUUAAGAUCCCUUGAAAAAAUAAUUAAGAUUACUGAUGGAGAAAUGAGUAAAAUAAAUGGUCAAAAAGUUGUUCUUUCAACACUUGUAAAUAAGGCUUUAUGGAAAACCACUGGUAGAUUAGAGGAAACACAAUCAGAACUAUUUCAAUUAAAAGAUAGACAUAACCAUGAUUUCCUGCUAUGCCCUGUAGGUAAAUUGUACAAUGAUAAGUGUAUAUAAUUUUGGUAAUUAUGUACUUUAAGACUCAGGAAGAAACUGUUACCACUUUGUUAUCAAACAUUGGGCCAAUCUCAUACAAAAGUUUUCCAUUACGGCUGUACCAAAUAACAAGCAAAUUCAGGGAUGAAAUAAAACCUAGAUUUGGGCUUAUGCGUGCCAGGGAAUUUAUUAUGAAGGACUUGUAUAGUUUUGAUGUUGACUUGAAGAGUGCUCAGGAAACUUACAGUGAAUUAAAUGAUAGUUAUGACAGGAUUUUCAGAAAUAUUGGUUUGGAUUAUGUUAAAGUUUUAGGGACGUCUGGCAACAUCGGAGGAUCAAUUUCGCACGAAUUUCACUAUCAGGCCGACAUAGGCGAAGAUAAAAUACUCACGUGUAGCGAAUGUGGAUAUUCGGCCAAUACGGAGUUGUCCGGAGACUGUAGCUGUCCGAAAUGCAAAAGCAAAAACAUAAAUAUAUCGUCCGGCAUCGAGAUAGCGCACACUUUUCUGCUAGGCGAUAAAUAUUCUAAACCGCUUAAAGCGACGUUUUUGAAUAUCAAAGGAAAACCGGAAGUUUUACAAAUGGGGUGUUUCGGUAUCGGAAUUUCGAGGAUUAUGGCCGCUGCUGUUGAGGUUAUGUCGCUGGAACAGGAAAUCAGAUGGCCUGAUGCCAUAGCACCUUUUAAUGUCAUUAUUUUACCACCUAAGUUUGGUAGUAAAGAAGAACAAUCAACCAAAAACCUAUCUGAAAAACUAUACACAGCCAUAGAAAACCUACCAAACCUUAAAGACAACAUACUUAUAGAUGAUAGAAUAUCAUUAACAAUCGGAAGACGAUUUUUAGAAGCAAAAAGAAUAGGAUAUCGCUUUAUUAUAGUUAUAGGCAAAACAUCAACAGAAAAUGUACCAUUAUUUGAAUUAAAUGACUUAAAAUUAAACAUACAAAUGCAUUUAACUGAAUCUGAGUUAUUGUGUUAUAUUAAAGACAAUUUAAUAUUUUAAUAAAUUAUUUUAUUUACCUCCUAUUCUAUAUAAUAUUAGAUGUAUUGCAGUAUUCAUUGAUUAUUUUUUGUCCAAGAACUGCCACCAGCAUAACAAAAGUGCUCCAGUAUUUUGGGCAAUUACAUGCAGCUAAAAAUAGAAUAAAAAUAUUAUAUAUACCUAUAUAUUUUUUAAUAUAACUUACCUGUAUAAGAAAUUAACUUUGUUAAUGUCACAUACAAUGAGACAAAUUGUGUGUUGAUUUCCUUAACCUUAAAAUCCCAUAUUAAAGCAGGCAAUAACAAAAAUAUUCCCACACUUGAUAGAGUAAUUGUUUUAGCAAUUAGUACAAAAGUUAUAGUUUUUUGGGCAUAAAAUCCAUAUAUCUUACUUAAUAAAUAUACAAAACAUAUUAACAAUAGAGACUCUAAAAAUAAACAAUUAACGAACAAAAAUAUAAAUAUUUUAAUGAAUACUUAAUAAUGUGACUAUAGUUAUUUUAUAAAACAUUAAAUCAUCCAAGUAAAUGUCAAAAUUGUUUAAAUAUUCCUCGGUUAAAAUUUCUACAAUUUUUGAUUUAUUAUUGUCAUCAUACAAAAAUAUCCACUCUGAAUAUGAUUCCACAAGCACAAUAAAUAAAAACAGUCUCCAAUAUUUCUAAAAUUACAUUAAAAUAUAUAUACUACAAAAAUCAUUGCAAUUACCUCAAAUUUAAAGUUAUGUAAAAUAUGUCUAUAAGCAGUAAUUCUCAAUAGAAUAAUAUCCACUGUUAUUAAAACUAUAUCAUACUCAACGUAUUUAUCAGCUAUACAUUU